GCCGAUGAAAUUGGACGAAUAAAUCACGAGUUGCUCCAGAUUCGUGAUCAGCAUAACCUAGAACUGGAACGCACCGUAACACAGUUAAACAAGGAACACGAAGUGGCCCUUUGCCGAUUACGCGAGGAGACAAAUACAGCGAUUGAAGUUAAAACUCAACGAAUAGCCUCUCUCGAAUCCCACAUACCUGAUCGAGAUGCUGCGGUACAGUUCGAACCAUGUCAGAACCCCCUGGUGGAACGUGCAAUGCAGACCACACCCCCACCUGUUUGCAAACGGCACAGUGUUGCUUUACAGGUAUCACUGCAUGAUUCUCGCCAAUCUAUCGGUUUACAAACGAGCUGUUCGAACGUACCCGAUUCUCCCAACCUCGGUUCCCCGAUCCUUCCGAUUCACUCGGGUCAGUCAACCACUGGUUGCUCUCCGUUCUUACCCAAAGCACCCGUUCCUCAAAUAUCGAUUGGUACUGAACAAACACUUACCAUAGCUGAUAGCACAGCCCACUCGACCAGUCCGGUCCAAUCGAAUCGUCCGGCGCGAAAACUUCGACUGCGCCGAAAUGCAAAGCGUAAUCCCAAUUCCACCAAAACUGCUCGAAAUCAUCUCCCGAAAUUGCCCUCGCCGGUAUCUGGCUAUUUUGUGUCCGAGAGCGAGUCUGAUUCGAACAGAACACCCCGAUCCCGAAGCAAAGAGAACCACAGACCGACAGACGAUGAUGAUGAGGAGGAGGAGGACCGUGAUACCGAUCCAGACGGGGAGAUGGAUCAGACGAAGAGUAACGUUUUGCCAUCCUUGCGUAGAGGUACCCGUAAAGCACAAUCCGUCGCGAAUGAUUCCACUUUCGCUGCGGCAGGGCGUCGUACGCGAAGCACCUCCAGAAAGAACUCAUCCGGUGAUGGUAGAACCGAGAAAGUCACCAAGCAGGCUGCACGUGAGCGCAAGACGCACUCGGCAGUUGUCACAGGAACGCGUCGUCUGCCACCAUUGGCUGAGUCUACACAACUCAUGCCUGACUCUUUCUUUCAAGACGAACUAGAUCACGCGGUUGAUCAGGUUUAUGCGGAUUUUCAGCGACGCGAGGACUAUCCUGCCUUCAAACAACCCGCAACACGACACCAGUUACGACGUCGGAGAUAA